GGGGCUUAGCGCUGCGGCACCAUGGCGGAUCAGCUCUACUUGGAAAACAUAGACGAGUUCGUCACGGACCAGAACAAGAUCGUGACAUACAAAUGGCUAAGCUAUACGCUAGGUGUUCAUGUUAACCAGGCCAAACAGAUGCUCUAUGAUUAUGUUGAGAGGAGGCGAAAGGAAAAUUCAGGAGCUCAACUGCACGUGACCUACUUAGUAUCUGGCAGUCUCAUUCAGAAUGGACAUUCAUGCCACAAGGUCGCAGUAGUGAGAGAAGAUAAGUUGGAAGCAGUGAAGUCCAAGCUAGCUGUGACUGCCAGCAUCCAUGUGUACAGCAUCCAGAAAGCCAUGCUAAAGGACAGUGGGCCUCUGUUCAAUACCGACUAUGACAUCCUUAAAAGCAACUUGCAGAACUGCAGCAAAUAUAGUGCCAUACAUUGUGCAGCUGCAGUUCUCAGAGCUCCUGCCGAAUCUUCACCUUCUGAAAAGUUUGAGCAAUCAAAUCUCCAGGUGUCAAGUGAGACACAAACCAAUAAUGAGCUAGUCACCAAUGGUCAUGGCCCACCUCCAGCCAAACAGGCUUCCCAGCAGCCCAAAGGAAUUAUGGGAAUGUUUGCUGCUAAAGCUUCUAAAAGUCAAGACUCUAACAAGGAGACCAAAACAGAGGCUAAAGAGACAUCUUCAGCAGUCAACAAGGUCCCAGGGAAAGUGAAUAUGAUGAACAAUUUUUUUGGAAAAGCUGCUAUGGGUAAACUUAAAGUCAGUUUGGACUCAGAACAAGCAGUGAAAGAAGAGAAAAUAGUGGACCCACCUCCAGAGUCUGUCACUGAACCAAAGCUGGCAGCCCCUGCAGGUCUGAACAAACCCAGCAAAAAGGCAGAGCCUGUUAAGAUGCUGCAGAAGGAAAAAAAAAGGGGGAAGCGAGUGGAAUUGUUCGAUGAUGAAAAGGAAACUGAAAACAAGAAGAAAAAGAGGAGAAGAAUCAAACUUCCUGAGACAGAUAGCAGUGAAGAUGAAGUUGUGCCAGACUCUCCUAGGGCUUAUGAUGCUGAGUCACCGUCUCCACCUCCAGCAUCUCCACCUCCAGAACCAGUGGGGAAGACUGAGCCCGAGGCUCCUGCCAUCAAGAGCUCAAGUGGAGAAAGUAGAAGAAAGCGAAGGAGGGUGCUGAAAUCUAAAACCUUUAUGGAUGAAGAAGGCUGCAUAGUGACUGAAAAAUGCUAUGAAAGUGAAUCCUGCACAGAUAGUGAAGAGGAGCUGAAGACAAAGACUGGCUCUGUACACAGACCCCUCGCCCUAACUGUAAAGAAAGAGCCCAAAGAGGAACGAAAGGGACCCAAGAAAGGGUCUGGUGCUCUGGGCAAAGCCAACAGACAAGCAUCCAUUACCGGCUUCUUCCAGAGGAAGUGAGCUGCCCUCUCUGAGGACAGCAAUGUGGAGUGGUCGAAGGAGAUCAAACUCUUGCUUACUGUGUAAGUUCAUAGAACACUUUGCUUCACCUGUACAUGACUGUUUUCCUCCCAGAGGAUUACACAUGCUUCUGAUCGUUAGCCAAACAGAAGUUACCUGGAAGCAAGCUGCAGAAGAAUAUUUUAAAAAAUCGUGUCCCUUCUGACGACAUUUUUCAAGCACAAGCUUUACCUGUCCAGGAAAAGAAAUUUACUUUGAAAAUAAAUUGGAGCAAGUUUCAGAAUAAUCCCUAAAACUUCAGUGGCUCAUCUAAUCGCCCUUGCUCACCCUGUUGUGUACUUACACACAUGUGACUCAAGGAUAUAGUCUUUGUUGCUUUGUGUUUUGGGACUUGUAUGUGUCUAUUAGUCCUGAGUUUCACUGAUGU